GACCACUUUGAAAUUUUGCGAGCCAUUGGGAAAGGCAGCUUUGGAAAGGUCUGCAUUGUACAGAAGAAUGACACCAAGAAAAUGUACGCCAUGAAAUACAUGAACAAACAGAAAUGUGUGGAGCGUAAUGAAGUGAGAAAUGUGUUCAAAGAGCUGCAGAUUAUGCAGGGCCUGGAACACCCCUUCCUGGUUAAUUUGUGGUACUCAUUCCAAGAUGAGGAGGACAUGUUCAUGGUGGUGGAUCUACUUCUUGGAGGAGAUCUGCGUUAUCAUCUACAGCAAAAUGUUCGAUUUCAAGAAGCCACUGUGAAACUCUUCAUCUGUGAGCUGGCAUUGGCACUGGACUAUCUCCAGAGCAGACACAUCAUCCACAGGGACAUGAAGCCUGACAACAUCUUACUGGAUGAGCAUGGACAUGUGCACAUCACAGAUUUCAACAUUGCCACGAUACUGACUAAAGGGAUGCAGGUCACCACGAUCGCUGGCACAAAGCCAUAUAUGGCGCCUGAGAUGUUUAACUCAACAAAACCUACAGGCUAUUCCUUUGCUGUUGACUGGUGGUCUUUAGGAAUUACUGCCUAUGAGCUACUUAGAGGCCGGAGGCCCUAUCACAUUCGCUCCAACACAUCGACAAAUGAAAUUGCUCACGUGUUCAAGACAGCUACUGUCAUGUAUCCUGCUGCUUGGUCUAAAGAAAUGGUGUCGCUACUCAAAAAGUUGCUUGAACCAAAUCCUGAGGAACGUUUUGCUCAGCUGAAAGAUAUCCAGGACUUUCCGUAUCUGGCUGAUAUUAACUGGGAUGCAGUCCUACAGAAGAGGAUAAUGCCAGGAUUCAUUCCCACUAAAGGUAGACUGAAUUGUGACCCAACCUUCGAACUUGAAGAAAUGAUCCUGGAGUCCAAACCUCUUCAUAAGAAAAAGAAGCGCUUAGCUAAGAAGGAGAAAGAUACCAACAAAAGCUAUUCCUCACAGGGCUGCCGUCUUCAGAAGCACCUGGAGUCACUGCAAAGGGACUUCAUUGUUUUCAACAGAGAAAAGAUGAGGAGACACCACAAUGAAAUCCAAGAGAAUAUAACACUGGCACAAACCAAAGACCCAGAAGAAGAAGACAGCCAGAACAACAACCUCUGA